GAGGGGGCGGGGUGGGUAUAAAGACCGCGGCCCCUCCCGUGGUCCCCUCCCUCCUGCCCACUCCGCGCCGACUCUCGCCGGUCAAGACCCGGAGCCUCCUCGGGACGUGUCCGGCGAGGGCGCCCCGCGCGCGCUCAGGGUCAGGACGUCAGGGACCACGGGUGCUGCCAAGAUGCUCCGAGGCUCCUGUUCUGCCCUCCUGCUCUGGUGGCUCCUGGGGGCUGUGCACACCCAGCAGCAGCAGCUGGUCAUCGCGCCCGAAACCUCAGAGAGAAGCACCUGUCCAGAGAAAGCCGACUGCCCCGUCAACGUGUACUUCGUGCUGGACACCUCGGAGAGUGUCACCAUGCAGUCCCCCACCGACAGCCUGCUCUACCACAUGCAGCAGUUUGUGCCACAGUUCAUCAGCCAGCUGCAGGACGAGCUGUACCUGGACCAGGUGGCCCUGAGCUGGCGCUACGGCGGCCUGCACUUCUCCGACCAGGUGGAGGUGUUCAGCCAGCCAGGCAGCGACCGGGCCUCUUUCAUCAAGGGCCUGCAGGGCAUCCGCUCCUUCCGCCGCGGCACCUUUACCGACUGCGCACUGGCCAACAUGACCAGGCAGGUCCAGCAGCAGGGGACCAAGGACGCGGUCAACUUCGCGGUGGUCAUCACUGACGGCCACGUCACUGGCAGCCCGUGCGGUGGCAUCAAGCUGCAGGCCGAGCGGGCCCGCGAAGAAGGCAUCCGGCUCUUCGCUGUGGCCCCGAACCGGAACCUGAACGAGCAGGGCUUGCGCGAAAUCGCCAGCUCGCCCCAUGAGCUCUACCGCAGCAACUACGCCACCAUGCGGCCGGACUCCACCGAGAUCGACCAGGACACCAUCAACCGCAUCAUCAAGGUCAUGAAACAUGAGGCCUAUGGAGAGUGCUACAAGGUGAGCUGUCUGGAGAUCCCCGGGCCCUCUGGCCCCAAAGGCUACCGCGGACAGAAGGGCGCCAAGGGCAACAUGGGUGAGCCCGGAGAGCCUGGACAGAAAGGACGGCAGGGGGACCCAGGCAUUGAAGGCCCCAUCGGAUUCCCAGGACCCAAGGGCGUUCCUGGCUUCAAAGGAGAGAAGGGAGAAUUUGGAGCUGACGGGCGGAAGGGUGCCUCCGGCCUGGCCGGCAAGAACGGGACCGAUGGACAGAAGGGCAAGCUGGGGCGCAUCGGGCCUCCUGGCUGCAAGGGAGACGCCGGGAGCCGGGGCCCCGACGGCUACCCAGGGGACGCAGGUAGCCCUGGGGAACCUGGAGACCAGGGUGCCAAGGGGGACCCUGGCCGCCCAGGACGCAGAGGGCCCCCAGGAGACGACGGGGCCAAGGGAAGCAAGGGCUACCCAGGCAACAGCGGAGCCCCAGGAAGCUCCGGCGUGAAAGGAGCCAAAGGCGGGCCUGGACCUCGAGGACGCAAAGGCGAGCCUGGGCGCAGGGGAGACCCUGGAGCCAAGGGCGGCCCGGGCAGCGAUGGCCGCAAAGGCGAGAAGGGUGACCCUGGCUCCGAGGGGCCCCGGGGCCUGGCUGGGGAGAUCGGCAGCAAAGGAGCCAAGGGAGACCGAGGCCUGCCUGGACCCAGAGGUCCCCAGGGGGCUCUGGGGGAGCCCGGGAAGCAGGGAUCUCAGGGAGACCCCGGUGACGCUGGCCCCCGUGGAGACUCGGGACAGCCUGGCCCGAAGGGAGACCCCGGCAGGCCUGGAAUCAGCUACCCAGGACCCCGAGGAGCACCUGGAGACAAAGGCGAGCCCGGCUCACCUGGCCCCGAGGGGGGCAGAGGCGACUUCGGAGUGAAAGGAGCACCAGGGCUAAAAGGAGAAAAGGGCGAAACUGCAGACCCUGGUCCCCCUGGUGAGCCAGGCCCUCGGGGGGCGAGAGGAGACCCGGGACCUGAGGGAGAGCCCGGCCCCCCCGGAGACCCCGGCCUCACGGAGUGCGACGUCAUGACCUACAUUCGGGAGACGUGUGGGUGCUGUGACUGUGAGAAGAGGUGUGGCGCCCUGGACGUGGUGUUCGUCAUCGACAGCUCGGAGAGCAUCGGCUACACCAACUUCACGCUGGAGAAGAACUUCGUCAUCAACGUGGUCAACAGGCUGGGGGCCAUGGCCAAGGACCCCAAGUCCGAGACAGGGACCCGCGUUGGCGUGGUGCAGUACAGCCACGAGGGCACCUUCGAGGCCAUCCAGCUGGACGACGAGCGCAUUGACUCGCUGUCCAGCUUCAAGGAGGCCGUCAAGAAACUCGAGUGGAUCGCGGGCGGCACCUGGACGCCCUCGGCCCUCAAGUUCGCCUACAACAAGCUGAUCAAGGAGAGCCGGCGCAAGAAGACCCGCGUGUUCGCGGUGGUCAUCACGGACGGCCGGCACGACCCCCGGGACGACGACCUCAACCUGCGGGCGCUGUGCAACCACGACGUCACCGUGACGGCCAUCGGCAUCGGGGACAUGUUCCACGAGAAGCACGAGAGCGAGAACCUCAACUCCAUCGCGUGUGACAAGCCCCAGCAGGUGCGCAACAUGACGCUCUUCUCCGACCUGGUGGCCGAGAAGUUCAUCGACGACAUGGAGGACGUCCUGUGCCCCGACCCCCAGAUCGUGUGCCCGGACCUUCCCUGCCAAACAGAUGGACCGCGGCCUGGCGAUGUGCCCCCGGUCACCUUCCUCCGCACGGAAGAGGGCCCGGACGCCUCCUUCCCCACGAGCAUCCCCCAGAUCCAACAGUUGCUAAACGCCACGGAGCUCACGCAGGACCCGGCUGCCUACUCCAGGCUGGUGGCCGUGCUGGUCUACACCGCUGAGCGGGCCAAGUUCGCCACAGGAGGCGAGCGGGAGGAAUGGAUGGAGCUGUUCAUUGACACUUUUAAGCUGGUGCACAGGGACAUUGUGGGUGACCCCGAGACCGCGCUGGCACUCUGCUGAAGCCUCGGGGCUGCCCCAACAGGGCCGAGUUCGCCCCCCCCAGGCUGCCUGCCGUGCGCUGGGGGCUCUGACAACAGGAAUUUCCCAGUCUGGAGGUCAGAUCCCAAAACCAAGAUGUCGGCAGGGCCGGGCUCCCUCCGGGGGCUCCAGGGAGGGUCCUCCUGCCUCUCCUAGCUGCCUGCGUGGUCACAUGGCCUCCCUUUUGUCGCCUACCCUCCCUCUGCCUCCCUUAUAAGGACCCAGGGGGGCAUUUAGGGCCAACCAGGUAACCCUGGACAAUCUCCCAUCUCAAAGUCUGUAAUUUAGUCCUAUUUGCAAAGCCCUAUUUCACCAUGUAAGGUCACAUUCGCAGGCUUUAAGAUUAGGAUGUAGGCAUUUUGGGGGGACAGUAUUCAGCUGACCCCACUAUCCCAGUCUAGCUGAGCUGUCUCACACGUGCGAGGGUUGUUAAGAGUCACCCAUUAAGGCGACCCUGUCAAAGCUGCUGACCAGCAGGCUCCGCCUCCUUGUCCUCCACCUGCCCCAGGCCCUCAAGGGACCCCAGAGGCACCCCAUCUCAGAGGCAUGCUCAGGGCCCUAGGGGCCUGCUCCCCCAGAAGCUGGAUUCAUACAGAGGAGGCCUCACCCUGGGCUGGGUCCCCUGCACCCACUGCUGUCUGCACCCAGCCCAGUUCCCACAGGCAGGGUCUUACCUCCCAGCCGCACAGGCCCCCUGCCAUGGGUGGGGGUCCGUGGGGGGAAAGACAAGGACGAGCAGAGCCCUCCGACCACCGCGACAGCCCUGGCUCAGCCUCCGGCCUCUGUGUCCAUGUUGCAGAAAACCUCCCCCAAACUGGCCCCUCCCCACACGUCCGCCUGCUUGUAGGGCUCGGGGCCAGAGCGCCCAGAGAGCGUGUGCCUUUAAAGCAGAAGCUGCUCUUCGUUUGCACUGCCGUGAACAUAAGCUACGUCCUUAAUAAGCUCCUUAGAAAAGCAUCCUUCCCGUCCGCUGGCGCCCGGCACCUCGUGGUGCCACACCCGGGUCGGGGUGCCCUGUAGCUGCUGUGAGCACCUCUUACAUGUUCUAUAAAAGCUGAGAAA